UGUCAGCAGCAGUGCCUUGUUUCGUUCCUCCUUGGUGCAACAGCUAAAGUUUCAACAACGAUGGAUGUAUCCAAACAAACUUCGAGCUCGAAAACCAUCACAACAUCAACGACCAAGAAUGCAUUUGUGCCAAGAAGUGCCGUGACGGUCAAAAUGACGUCAUCGAGUAACACGGUGCGCGGCAUCGGGAAAAACUCCUCGCGGUCGUCUGCUCCACUGGUGUCGUCUGCAAAACAGAACAGGGAGAAGGAAAAGAAAGAGCUUCAGGAUUUGAACCAGCGCUUUGCCAAAUACAUCGAAAAAGUUCGAUUCCUCGAGGCCCAAAACAAAAAGCUGGUCAAGGAACUGGAGACGCUGCGAGGAAGCUGGGGUAAAGAAACCCGUGAAAUCAAGGCAAGGUACCAGACCGAACUGGCAGAGUCCCGGGCGGAAGUUGACGACACCUUGCGGGCGAAAGCGCAACUGGAGAUCAGGGUGCAAUCAGUUCUCGAGGAGAAAGCUGACAUUCAGAAUGACUUCAUCAGUCUCAAGAAAGACUUCGAAAAACUGACCAAGACUUUGCAGGAAGAGCACAACCAGCUAGCGGACUAUGAGUCGGAAGUCGGUCUCAUGCGUAGGCGCGUUGGUUUCCUCGACGAAGAAAACACCCGGCUGAAGAAGAAAACUACCGAGCAAUCUGAUGAGAUUACCAAGUUACGGGCCCUUGUGGACAGUGAACAGCUUGGGAGAGUCCAUGCGGAAAAUAGGGUCCGCAGUUUGGAGGAAGAGUUGGAAUUCCUGAAAUCAGUUCAUGACCAGGAAAUGAAGGAGCUAGGUGCUCUGGCGUACCGAGAUACGACGGCUGAGAACCGUGAGUACUGGAAGAGUGAGCUGGCCGUGGCUAUCCGGGAUCUACAGGCAGAGUACGAGACCAAGGUCGACAUGAUCAAAGCCGAACUGGAGACCAACUAUACGUCCAAGAUCUCGCAGAUACAGUCCGGCAAUGUACGCUCUACACUCGAGGUGGAACAGAGCAAAGAGGAAACCAAGAAGUCACGCGACCGCCUACAAACGCUGCGCAGCCAACUUCUGGACCUUGAGAGACAGGUGGGUCACUGGAAAUCGCUGUACGAGGACAAGAUGACAGAGUUCGAGGAGAGCGAGAGAAACUGGGACAUGCAGAUGACUCAGUUACAGACAAACUAUGCUGAACUGGAGGAAGAGCUGGAACUUGUCCGUGCCGAGCUGGACGAGAUCCUGGACGCCAAACUUAGCAUGGAGCUAGAGAUAGCGGCGUACAGGCGCCUGCUGGAGGGUGACCAAAGUAGUCUUCGUCGGUGUGUUGACGACUGGAUGAAAGUGGAGAAAGGCGAAACUCAGUCCGAGGGAUCCAUCUUUGGAAAAAUUAUCCAUCAAGUGAAGGAUUUCGUGCACCCGGACGACAAACAAUCUUCAGAAAGCAGCAAGUUCUCCAGUCAGCGCCUGGCCUCCGAGAUGUCCAUCAAAACCACUGUACAUAAGACAUCAUCUGGCAAUCUGUCAGUGGACGAGACCAGCCCGGAUAACUCGUACGUUGUCAUCAGGAACAAAGGAGAAAAGGCUGAGAAAAUGGACGGUAUCGUCCUUAGAAGGACUGUGGACGGGGAAGUGAGGACGUACAUUUCAAAUUCAAGAAUCUGACUUUGAACCCGGGAAAGACAAUUCGGAUUGUGACGAAAAGCUUCAAAGGCAAAACCAACACGGACUACGUAUUCGAAGGAGAAGCUGCUGGCAUGGGUAGAAAUGUCGUCUUGUCGCUCUUCAACGAAAAAGGGGAGGAGCAAGCUUCCCUGGUCAUGAAGAACGUAUAUGGCUAGACUCUAACUUCCCGGCUCUGUUGUAUGCACAUCCAGGUCACUUUUUUGCGUUUAACAUAUAUAUUUUAUUACCCAAAACAUAGAAAUGUCUCGAUAAAAGAUGCAGAACACAAUAAAAACUAAUUCACCUCAGUUUUGAAUUAAGUCAAAAUUUCGAUGAUUUUCACGGAUGUAUAUGACUUAAAAUUAGGAGCACUUGGAUGUAACCAAUAUUAUGUUCAGACAAAUGUGUGGAAAUCUGAAAUUCUCCGCACGGUCAUAAACUCUGUAUACCUUUUGAUGUUUUAAAUUUUGAUUUAAUUAAAAAAUUACUUUGCGGAAUUGAGCCCAGUUCAUGUUUAUUAAUCGAGGGUCAGCUACUUUUUCUGGUGUUUUAUGUUUGGUGUUUUACGAAUUAAGUUAUACUACAUCUUGAAGAUUACAUUUUAAUGAUAGGUCAUCAAGGGAAAAUGGAUAUAAAACAUUCUAAUGAUAUUCCGUGACUUAUUCAACAUUCCUGGUGCAGUAAAAAGAUUCUGAAUGGAAGUAUUGUUUCCUUUUAAUU